UCCAGCUCCGUCAUUCUUUUGUAGUCCACCUUCGUACAUUGUCACCCUUCUUUCCCUGUCAGAUACCGACCAUUGUUUCUCUCUUCUGACCAAACUAUCUAGACAAUUGGUCCAUUAAUCUCUCUUCGCAGAAUUCUUUUUACCUUGAAUACCCUCGACUGUCCAUCCUUCGCUCCCCAUCCCGCAAUGGCAGACGCGCGGGCGUUACUUCGCCAACAACGGGCCGCUCGUCGCAUCGACCACCCUCACGCCGCCUAUUCCGAUUUGGGCAAGCUUCUCUGCGUCGUCUGUCACGAAAGCAUGAAAACCGAGUCAUUAUGGGACAGCCAUAUCCGCAGCAGGGCGCACGUCGCCAAGCUCCAAGCGAAAGCGAAAGCGAAAGCCUCAGCCACAACUGCCAGCGCCGCCGUCUCCGAAACCUCUACCCUCCCAAACAAUAAGCGAAAACAUGACUGGGGCUCGGGGGAAGAGGAGGGACCUACGGACGAGGAAACGGCCCGCACGAAGCGCAGCAAGGGGGGUGAUGUGACUGCCUCUGCCCACUCUUCCGCCGAUGCCAGCAGCGGCUUCGCGGCCGAGACGGUCGGGAGCCAGGGCCAGGGCCAGGGCCGAAGGGAAGCCAGCAAAGACAAAGGCAAAGAUUUACAGGAAACAGCCCGAACCCCCCCAUCCUUGACCCGUAGGCUAUCGACGACUCCAGGCCAAGGCGUCGAGUUACAAAUCCCCUCACGCCCCGCCACUCCCCAACACCGAGACGGGACCUCAUCCGCCACACCCAUCACAACCCCCUCCGCCGCGCCGCCCAGACGCCCGAGCAACCUUGCCGUCUCCUCGUCCAAGGGCCCCGAGGCGGCGCAAGUCGACGAGGACGAGUGGGCGGCCUUCGAGGCCGACAUCGCGACGACCAGCGUAGCGUAUGACGAAGACGCCGCCGUGAUUUCCGCGCCGCCCAUGACGGCGGAAGAGCAGGCCGCGGCGGCCAAGUCGGAAGAGGAGGAACGGGAGAGGAGGAGGGUGGAGGCGGAGGAGGCCGUCGCGGACGAGAAGGAAGAAGCGGCGCGUGCUCUGGAGCUUGAGUUUGAGGAGAUGGAGGAGCUGGAGGCCAGGGUGCGCAGGUUGAAGGAGCGACGCGAGGCGUUGAGGGCGAAGACAGCGGAUGAGGUGGGUGUUGACAAGGUGGUUGUUGAUGCCGGGAAAGAGAACCUGCGGGAAACUGCUGCCAAUGGUGUUGGAAACGGAGAGGACGAAGAGGACGACGAAGAGGACGAUGACUUUAUGGGAUUUCGGUUCAAAGCGUAGGCCGAGCGACUGGUGGUGGUGGAGCAUUGGCGUUCAUACGUGGGUAUUCCAACUGGGGCAAUUUUGGAACUGGGCCUUUGACCGGGCCAUCAGCGCCAUCUUGGGAGUCAACCAUGUUAUGUGUAUAUCUGUAAAAGUAACUACUUCAUCGUUCCCGAAAGCAUGUAGGGAUGCUUGGGGGUUGGGCUUUGAUCUCAUUCUCCGAGCUUUCAAAAAAGAAAACCCCCUUUUUGAAGGGAA